AUGCCAACAGAUUGUAUAGUGAUAAAAACCCAAAAAUUACAUGCACAAUAUCUAAGAGCCAGGGAUUCUGAAAAUGAUAAGAAAAAUAAAGAAAUUCCAAUAAAUAAUCCUGUGAAAUUACUGUAUGGAAAAAAUAAGAGGAAUUGUGAGCCAGAUUCAGGACAAGCUGAGGCAGGCUCUUCAACGCAACAGCAACAACCGCAGCCGGCACAACAACAGCAGCAACGUCAACCUCAACAACAGCAACCGCAACCUGAGUCGAGUACACCUUCUGUGGCUCAAGUCACAUCGGACAUCGCUCGAUUAAAUGUUGGUGACGGUGGACGUCAAAAUGCAGGCAGAGUUUGGGGCCGUGGCAGUCACAGAGGACAACAAUUCAGAGGUUCAUGGAGACAAGGACCACCACGAAUGCCUGGACUGGUACAACCGCAUCAAAGUCAAGAACACGCUCGUGGCGAACAAAGACAAAGUGCUCGAGCUCACAUUCCUGGGAUUGCGCAACCACCUCAGGGUCAAGGACAUGGUCGUGGGGCACGACGAGGUCAACCCAAAGCUGCAUGGGGACAACAGAGACCAGCACCAAUUCCUCGAGUGACACAAACACCUCAGGAAAGCUACCAAAGGGGAGGCGGUGAUGGGGGACAAACUUCUCGACAGCGCGACUCUUCAGCUGCAUCCACCAUAGCGGAAAGCGGCUCAGUGAAGAGUGGAGAUUCAGGGAGAAAAUGCGACGCAAAAAUGCCAGUAGCAACUCAGCCUGCUCCCCGUGUGUCACCUGUGAAGACUAAGCUACCACCGAGCUUGCAGGCAACUUAUUAUAAUCAAAUACCAAAACGCAAAAAUCCAGAUAGCGGUGGGAAAGACGGAGAGCACAUAAAAGUCGAAACUAACAUGAUACCGAUAAUCUUCGAACCUAAUUUCGCCCGCACUGUGGUGCAUUAUGAUGUUAAACUGGAUCCUGAUAGGCCGAGAUUCAUGUAUCGUGCGGUCGUAGAAGCCGUCAGGAAGAACCAUUUCCGUAAUCUGUACCCGGCCUUCGACGGUCGAUCCAAUCUUUUCUCCGCUGGUGACCUACCGUUCGGCGAUAGCUUGACCACGGAGGUAGUGGUUCUGAACAGAGAGCGACAAAGAGACAUGACCUUCAAAGUCUCUCUGACUAAAGCCCAAGAUAUCGAUAUGUCUUGGUUACCGCAGGUGAGACCGGGAUUCGCGGAGAACGAUAGAUCCCGAAUCGCCAUACAAGCACUCGAUGUUGUUCUUCGUUCGGCCGCCGUUCGCCAAAAUUGCACAUCGGUUGGAAGAUCCUUCUUCACUCCGCCGACCGGAAGCGAGGUGUCAUUGGGAAAUGGUAUGGAUCUAUGUGUUGGAACAUUCCAAUCAGCGGUACUCGGCUGGAAACCCUAUUUCAACGUCGAUGUUGCCCACAAGGCAUUCGCACAUAGUCAAAGAGUGACGGAUUUAUUCCAAAAAAUGUGUGGUCAUCAAAGUAAUAUCGACUACAACAGGCAGACACUUGCAAGAUUUCUGCGAGGUUUGAAAGUCACUUACGAAAUACCGGGGCAUCCAACCUCGAGACGUACAAUGAGUGUCAACGAUCUCGGCAGAGAUGCAAGAUCCGCAGAGUUCGAACUGGACGACGGAACGGUUACGACAGUUGAAAACUAUUUUGCCAGAGUGAAAAGAUAUCGGAUUCAACAACCACUUUAUCCAACACUCUGGGUUGGCUCGAGGAACAAAACCAUUCUCAUUCCGGCAGAACUGUGCGUGAUAGAACCUGGUCAAGUGACACAAAAUAAAAUCGAUCAAAACCAGACUAAAGAAAUGAUUAGAAAUUCAGUAACCAAUGCUCAAACUCGCAAACGAAAAAUAAUGGAAGGCUUCGCGAAAAUGCGCACUAACGAAGAUCCGGCAAUGAAAGAAUUUGGUAUUUCCGUUGGUGGAGAUUUUGAGACGGUGAAUGCGCGCGUUCUCGAUCCGCCACCGCUCAAAGGGAGGACGGAAAUGCUUAUUAGAAACGGAGUAUGGACAGCAAAGGAUUUUUUCACUCCAAUGACAUUGCCCAAUAAGUCCUGGACGAUUCUCAACUUGGACGAUCGUACUAAGGAAGACCCUUUGAGAUACAUGGUCGAUUGCUUAAUCAAUCGAGGCAGAGCUGUCGGUAUGGAUAUCGGAAGACCUUUGACUCCUUUCAAAAAAAUGAGAGCCCCGAACCAAGAUGUACAAGAAAUAAUACAAUUCUUCAACGAAAAAAAGGCCAAAAAACUCAAACUCAUAAUUGUCGUCGUACCGAAUACAAUUGGCUCGGUUUACAGCAUCGUUAAACAAGCUGCGGAAUUAAACGUUGGCAUUUUGACUCAAUGUAUCAAAGCUUCCACGCUCAAUAAGAAGAUGAAUAACACGACAGCUGGAAAUAUUUUGCUCAAAAUCAAUUCUAAACUUAACGGAAUCAAUCAAAUUUUCACAGACGAGAAGCUACCACCCUGCUUGUGCGAACCUUGCAUGAUUGUGGGCGCCGAUGUGACUCAUCCAUCCCCAGACGCAGUGGGAAUACCUUCAAUAGCAGCGGUCGCCGCGAGUCACGACCGAACCGCCUUCAAAUACAAUAUUAAAAUACAACUCCAACCACCGAGAACCGAAAUAAUACUUAAUCUCGAAGCAAUUAUAAAGGAACAGUUACUAUUCUUCUUCAAAACGACUGGGGAUAAGCCAUCACAUAUAAUAGUUUAUCGAGAUGGUGUGAGCGAAGGUCAGUUCCCUCAGGUGAUGCAUUACGAACUUCAAGCGAUACGUAACGCCUGUAAAAAAGUCGGAGGAACCUCGGCCUACGAACCGCACAUCACUUUUCUCGUCGUGCAGAAAAGACAUCACGUUCGAUUGUUCCCCACUAAUCGAGAGAACUUGGAUAAUAUUGGCAACGUCCAAGCCGGGACUGUUGUCGACACCGAUAUUACACAUCCGUCUCAUAUCGAUUUUUACCUCGUUUCACACGCCAGUAUUCAGGGAACCGCAAGACCGACAAAAUAUCGGUGCCUCUGGGACGACCGCGGAAUGUCAGAAGACGAGAUUGAAAAGUUGACCUAUUAUUUGUGUUACAUGUUUUCACGAUGCACACGAUCUGUGAGCUAUCCGGCACCAACAUAUUACGCGCAUCUCGCAGCCUUCCGGGCCCGAGCUCUCAUUAACGGGGUCGACAUUCGUCUGAACAAUCUCGAGGAAGAGCAACGAAUGAAAAUGACAAUCAAAGAUGACAUUAUCGUCCAUAAUCCAAUGUUUUUUGUAUAAAAAUGAAAAAGGAUUUUACUAUCAUGUUUCUGGACCAAGAUUUAUUCACUAGUACUCCCGCAGUUGAGAGACGACUGUCUAUGCAGAUUCUUCAAGUUUACGAAUCAUCCAGAUCUUUCUUAAAAUUUUAUAUAGAUAUAUAUUUUAUUAAUUGGCGUAUUUUAAGGAGUGACUCAAGAGAUAACUUCAAUUGAAUUUACAGCCAAGUUGACCUACACAAAACCAAAGAAAAAAAAUGACGGGAAGAAAAAACGAGACUGCUUCUGAACAAUUAAUUCAGUGAAUAACAGUCGGUGAAGCUGAAGAGUUUGACGUCAAUUUCUACAUCUAGAGAUUCGGCAGAGUCUCUAGUAUUGCCAAGUAUUAAAAAGGAUAGUCAAGACAGGCAGUGUAUUUAUACUCGAGUUUGAACGAUUUACUUCUUAUAUAGAAGACCGAACAUGAAUGGGCUUAUCUCAAGAGUAUGGAUCAGUCGACUUGGAAUUUUCGAAAUCGAAAUUCUUUGACACAGUUUGAUCGAUUAAAAAAAGGCUCUGUCAGCCUACGCAGAACG